GGUGGUGGUGGUGGAGACACAGCUGUCACUGGGAUGGAGCUCGAGUUUAAGCGACUGGCCAGUGCACGUGCUCCUGCGUCGAGGUUUGUUUCGGCCGCUUUGCCCUGCAACAAGUUCAAGAACCGGCUGGUGAACGUCGCCCCCUUUGAGAACAGCCGCGUGGCCCUGCAGCCAAUCCGGGGCGUGCAGGGCUCAGACUACAUCAACGCCAGUGCUAUCGACGGCUACAGACAACAGGGUGCCUACAUCGCUACCCAGGGCCCGCUGGCUGAGACCACGGAGGAUCUUUGGCGGAUGCUCUGGGAGCAAAACUCUACAAUCAUCGUGAUGCUCACCAAGCUCAGGGAGAUGGGAAGGGAGAAGUCUCACCAGUACUGGCCUGUAGAGCGAUCUGCACGCUAUCAGUACUUCGUGGUGGACCCCAUGGCUGAGUACAACAUGCCCCAGUACGUCCUGAGGGAGUUCAAGGUCACAGACGCAAGGGAUGGGCAGUCCCGCACGGUGCGUCAAUUCCAGUUCACCGAUUGGCCGGAGCAGGGGGUCCCCCGCUCGGGGGAGGGGUUCAUCGACUUCAUUGGCCAAGUUCACAAAACCAAGGAGCAGUUCGGGCAGGAGGGGCCAAUCACCGUCCACUGCAGUGCUGGUGUUGGUCGUACCGGAGUGUUCAUUACCUUGAGUAUCGUGUUGGAGCGGAUGCGCUAUGAGGGAGUGGUGGACAUCUUCCAGACGGUGAAAAUGCUCCGCACCCAGAGACCAGCCAUGGUGCAGACAGAGGAUCAGUACCAGUUUUGCUACCGAGCUGCACUGGAAUAUCUCGGUAGCUUCGACCACUACACCACUUAGACCACUCACCACUCACUCACCACUCACUCACCACUCAC